UUUCUGGGCUAAGAUCUUUUAGCAGAACUUAGUUUAUUAAACAUCAUCCAAUUUGUUGUCACUGUGAUCCCAACGUUUGCACUUUGGAGACAUUCUAUUGGUGGAAAUUGGCGUCGCCUUGGUUACCGUUGUUACUUUGCGUAAUCGGGAUAGGUUGCUCACAUGGAAUUAUCGGUGAACGGGCUGUACCACUCAGUAAUAGCGGCAGAUGCAACGUAGUGCUGUUGGACCACGGCCAUAACUUUUUUUUUAAAAUUUUAAAACCUAAUUUAAGAGCAGGGCACCAUGGACGAGAAGCUUUUUAACGCAAUGCUGCAGACGCAGGCAGAAGCUAUCGUAAUAGAGGUACUGGAAAAGGCCAAAAGUUAUCUUGAACAACAAAUGAUAAUAGAGGGAAAAAGCAUUUAUGAAAUCCGUAAUGUCCAAUGGGUCACAUGCAUGGACUUCACUGUUGCCAUUGGGGCAAAGCAAAUCGAAGAAUAUAUCUCUGCAUGGGAGUUCUCCGAUUGCUGGCUUCACUGUUUGGACUACCUGAGGGAAGAGGAACUAGAGUACCACAUCCACCACCAUUAUCGAGUGCGAUGGAGUAUCCCGACACGAAGGAAGCCCAUACCACGAGCAACAGCCUCCAUUUACUUCAUCAUUGAAAUCUCAAAAGUUAAACCACCUGUUUUUCCAGUUGAAGUUUACUACUUUUUUGAAUCAAACAGACUUCUGCACAGACCAGGUCAAUCAAGAUUCAAAGAAAGCUGGCUAAAAGACAUCAUCGAAAGCAAAAUUCUAUUAAUGGAGCAAGUGGAAUUUUAGUUUGAAUUGUGAAUAUUUGGAAGAAACCAAAGCUGAUUUGUAUAUGGUUUUACUUUUAAAAUUAUGAUUUACACACAGAGAUGGUUCAAUAGUCUCCAGUUGCUCUUUGCUUCCCUUUUGUUUUGAUUCCCAUAAUCUAUUUGUGAAUCUUGAUGUGAAUGACAGCAGGCUGUUAAACAUUUGCAGUCUCUUUUUGAGAAUGAAAUGUCAGGACUUCUAGCAUACCUCACCAAAAUAAAUGAGCACUCCUGCUGAACCAUACAUCGUUGUCACCUGAACGUUUAAAAGGAAGCAUUACAGCUAUCCUCUCCAUGACAAAUAUCCAUUUCCUUACCUUAUCAUGGAGACACAAGGUCAGUCCUCAGGUACAGGACCAUAGGCCAGGAAUCAAACCCAAAAUAUCUAAGCAACAACCGACCUCAAAAGUUUCUCUGAUUGAGCCGUCAAUGAAAUGAGCAGAUUUUUUAAAUAUAUUGCAUGAUUUUCAAAAUUAAUGUAUAAAUUAAUUUAUGGAAAAUAUUUCAGUAUAUUUUUUAAUAAACCAGUACUAGAUCAGAUUGUAUAAUUGCUAUUUUUCUUGUAGAUUAGCUUUAUGCUUGUUUGUAUUUUUAUAUAAUUACCUAUGUAUCUGCAGUUGUUCAGUGUUUCUCCUAGUGUUCCAUAUUAUUCUGGAAGAUUCUUGGGUAUCACAUUUUUCUGAAUAGGGGCUAUCUGAUUGGUUAACCUGUGUCUACAAAAUUUGAAUGGUAUUUAUUACUGUUAACAAAUUGGUAUAGGAAGGCUAAACCAUGUUGCCUUGGUUGCUUUCCCAUGCUACUAGGCUCCGCUUUCCCAAUCCCUUUGUUCUCUAAGCACUUAAUAAACUCUCAUAAAACAGGUUUUAUGUCUCAUUCUUGACUUCUGAAAAGCCUGGGUCAACCACACCAGGGUCCAAAAGCAGUUUCAUAUAUACAAAAGUAGCUUCAAAACUGCUGUUUGACGCAACUGAAGACACUAUUGGCCACGGGAACAAAUUCAUUUCCAAAUGAGCAUCUUCUUGGGAAGUUUUCUUUGGUUAAGCGUCACAGUGCAGAACCACUCAUCCAUUUUGACUUUGUUCCAUCCCACUGGGCAUCACUGGCAUAUUUUAAGGGGAAAUCAGUUUAUGAGCAAGUAAUUCUGUUGUACAUUCUAAACAUCAAAUGCUAUCUUUGGUCAUAUUAAUAGCAUGGCAAAAUCAAUCUUCAUCACUGGUGUCACAGAGAGCUUUUGGCACAUUGGCCUUCAUGCAUUAAAGUACGAGUAGAGGAGUUGGGAUGUUAUGUUGAAGUUGUUUAAAAUGUUGCUGAGACCAAAUUUGGAGUAAUGUGUCACGUACCUACGGGAAAGAUAUCAGUAUGAUUUUAAGAGUGCACAGAAAAUUUACAAGGAUGUUGCCAGGACUUGAACAGAGUUCUAGGGAAAGGUUGAAUAGGUUAGGACUUGAUUCCCUAGGGGAGAUAUGGUAGAGGUGUACAGAUUGAGGGUUAUAGAUAGAGUAAAUGCAAGAAGGCUUUCUCCACAAAGAUUGGGUGAAACUAGAACCGAAGGUCAUAGGUUAAGGGUGAAAGAUGAAAUAUUUAAGGUGAACCUGAGGGGGAACAUCCUCACUCAGGGUGGUGGAUGCAGGUUUGAUUUCAAUAUUUAGAAUGUACAUGGAUGUGAGAGGCAUGGAGGGCCAUAGUCCAGGUGCAGGUUGAUGGGACCAGACCGAUGAGCAGUUGGGAACAGACUUAAUGGGCCAAAGGGCCUGUUUCUGUGUUGUCGUGCUUCAUGACCACCCUAAACCUACCUAGGUCUGUACUGACUUCCAGUUAAUUAAAGAUUAAUCUUACCGUAUGUUUAAUUAAACAGUAUAUGUUAAUCAUGGAUAUCACAAUCAGGAUGUUGUAUAUCAACCAUUUGUUGUAAAUUACUCCGAAGUUGCUGGGGUCUCUG